AAACAAACUGCGAUCACGUGACUCAUAUCUUCCUCGCCGUUUGCAGCGACUAACUCAGUGACUGAACAUUGACAAUGGCUAUCCCUGAGAGAUGUAUUGAAAAUUACAAAUACACUUUCCAGAAAGAUUUAUUAAGAGGGAAGGUUGCAUUUGUCACUGGUGGAGCUUCAGGAAUAUGUUUUACCAUUGCUGAGGUUCUCAUGAGGCAUGGUUGUGAUACUGUUAUAGUAAGUCGACGUAUGGACAAACUUAAGCAGUCAGCUGACUUAUUGAUGAAAGCUACAGGGAGACGAUGUGUUCCUAUACAGAUGGAUGUUAGAAAGCCAGAACAGAUUAUUAAGGCUGUGGACGAGGCUUUAGCACAGAUGGGAAGAAUUGAUAUUUUGAUAAAUGGUGCUGCUGGAAACUUUCUUGCCCCUGCAGCCUCACUCUCAUUCAAUGCGUUUAAAACUGUGAUGGAAAUAGAUGCUCAUGGUACAUUUAAUGUCAGCAAAGUCGUGUAUGAAAAGUAUUUCAAGGACCAUGGAGGUAUGAUAGUCAAUAUAACAGCCACACUACAGAUGAGGGGAACAGCUUUACAGACGCAUGCUGGAUCUGCUAAGGCUGCUAUUGAGGCAAUGACCAGACAUUUAGCUGUAGAAUGGGGACCUGAUAAAGUUCGUGUGAUGUGUGUUGCUCCUGGCCCAAUAGGUGAUACAGAGGGCAUGAAUAGACUAGGUGGAAAGCAUUUAACACAAGACUUUAUAGAUGUGAUACCUUGUCAGCGCCUUGGAACUAGACAGGACAUUGGAGAUACAGUAAUGUAUGUUGUCAGUGAUGCUGCACAGUUGUUAACAGGAACAACGGUUAUAGCGGACGGUGGUAGUCACCUGACCAAUAGUAAUAAUUUCCAGGGAAGAAUGUCAUUGCUUAAAAAUUCAAGACUUUAAUAAUUGAUUUUGAGAUUUAUUAUAUAAUAGAUUAUAUUUCAGUAUCAAUAGUCAGAUGUAGUUUAUGAAAAAUGUUUAGGAAAAAUAAGAAUACGUUCUUCAAACGUAAUAAAAGAAUGAUCAGACAUAAAUUUACAUCUUAACCCAUAGUAAAUUGAAAAGACACAAUGGCAAGAGACAAACAGCAGAAUGCAAAACACAACAUAGAAAACAAACUUAAGACUGAUAGACAGCCGAUAAAAUAUCUUUGAUAUAUACUACAACGUGAAAAUAUUGUGUUACUCAAUUUUUAUGCCCCACCUAUGAUAGUAGUUUUCUGGUCUGUGGCUCUGUCCGUCUGUUCGUCCGUUCGUCCAUUCCCGCUUCAGGUUAAAGUUUUUGGUCUAGGUAGUUUUUGAUGAAAUUGAAGCCACAUCAACUUAGAACUUAGUACACAUGUUCCCUAUGAUAUGAUCUUUCUAAUUUUAAUUCCAAAUUAAAGUUUAAACUCCAAUUUCACAGUCCACUGAACAUGGAAAAUGAUAGUGAAAGUUGGGCAACCGUGUACUAUUGACACAUUCUUGUUUUCUAUCAUUUUUCAUGCAUACGAUAAUUGUUGAAAUAUUACAUAUUUCUUCUGUAACUGAUGGGUCAAGUUUAUUAUAAAUAGAAAUUGUUAUAUUGUUAUUAUUUUUACUUAUAAAUAAACAGAUUUUAAUCA